AUGAAGAAAGGAGAGGCGGUGCCUGUGUUCAAAACUCUCCCAGGACCAAAAAUCUCCAGGCUGGAUCUGGGUGGAGCUCUGGGAACGCCGCAGGAGAAGAUCUUCGUGUGCUCCGGGUCUCAGGUCCGAGGCUUCUCCAAAAAGGGAAAACAGUUUCUGACCUUUGACGCCAACCUCACAGAAAACAUAAACGCAAUGCACGUGUCUGGCUCCGACCUCUUUGUGUGCGCGAGCUACAUCUACAACCAUUACCUGGACUGCAAGGAUCAGGACUACUUCCUGUCAGGAGAUAAGAUCAAUGACAUCACAUUUCUGUCAUAUGAAAACCUGCCCAGGCCUCUCCCCGUGCUGGCGUGUCAGGAUCGAGUUCUCAGAGUUCUGCAGGGGUCGGAGCUGGCGUACGGGAUCGAAGUUCCUGGACCUCCGUCUGUUCUGGAGCUGUAUAACAAAGAUGGAGGGGACGAAAUUCUUUAUGGAACCUCUGACGGUAAGAUUGGAUUACUCCAGAUCGGUGACCAGACUUCUUCAAGCAAAUGGGAGAUCGACAACGACAAAAAGAAAGGAGGAAUCCUCUGCCUGGACACUCUGGACAUCAUGGGGGACGGGGUGAUGGACGUCCUGGUGGGCAGAGACGACGGAGCAGUGGAGGUCUAUGGCUUUGACAGCAGUGGAGACCCCACAAUACGCUAUGAGCAUGUGCUUUCUGAGAGCGUGACCUCCAUCCAAGGCGGCUGUAUUGGAAAAGAAGGCUACGACGAUGUGGUCACGGCGACUUACACAGGAUGGGUGACGGGGCUGACCACUGAACCCCAGAGAGCAGAAGUGGGUCCAGGUGAUGAAGUGAAGAUGAGCAAAGAAAUGCAAACCAAAGUGGACGCUCUGCGGGCAGAGUUGGAGUCUCUGCAGGUGCAGGUGCUGCAGGGCAGGGAGCAGUACCAUCAGACGGCUCAGUCCCAGACCGCGGUCUCUGCUGUCCCCGUCUUCAGCAUCAACGACAAGUUCAGCCUGAGCCAAGAGGACGCCAGCUACAGCCUCAGUCUGGAGGUGCAGACCGCCAUCGACAACCUCCUCCUGCAGAGUGACGUUCCCAUCGACCUCCUGGACGUGGACAAGAAUUUUGCUGUGGUCAGUUUCAGCGAAUGCGACUCAGAGCAGCACAACGGGAACUUCCUCCUGGCCACAUACCGAUGCCAAGCCAACACCACUAGACUUGAACUGAAGGUGCGGUCCAUCGAGGGGCAGUACGGCACCCUCCAGGCGUACGUCACCCCUCGGCUGCAGCCCAAGACCUGCCAGGUCCGACAGUACCGCAUCAAGCCUCUGUCUCUGCACCAGAGGAUCCACAGCAUCGACCAGGACCGGCCCCUGAACCGGCUGAGUCUGGUCGGACAGUUCAGUCUGGCCGAGAUCCACUCCUGGGUGGUGUUCUGUUUACCAGAGGUGCCAGAGAAGACACCAGCGGGAGACACCAUCAGCUUCUACUUCCAGAACACGUUCCUCGGCACGCAGCUCGAGGCCACAUACUGCAAAGCAGAGGGACACUUCAAGUCAGACAACAUCUCCACCAUCUCCAUCCUCAGCGACGUUCUCUCCAAAGAGGCCACCAAGAGGAAGAUCAACCUCAACAUCUCCUACGAUAUAAACGAUGAGUCCGUCAGCCACACGCUGCAGAUGAUUCACCCCAAACUGGAAUAUCAGCUGACUCUGGCCAGAAAGGUGCAGCUUAUCGACGCACUGAAGGAGCUGCAGGUGCACGAGGGGAACGCAGACUUCCUCAUCCCAGAGUACCGCAGCAUUCUGGACCAGUCUGCGAGUCUGCUGGAGGAGUACAAGAAGCAGCCGGCGCACCUGGAGAGACUCUAUGGAAUGCUCACGGACCUCUACAUCGACAAGUUCAAGUUCAAAGGACAGAACGUCAAAACUAAAGUGUCCUCACUGUUGGAGAUUCUGGAUCACUACGAUUUAAAUACUCUUUUGGACUUUUUUAAUGAUGUAUAA